GGGGAACCGCGGAUCCCUCGGCUGCAGGAGGCGCCCGGCCCCGCCGAGCAGCCCUAGCCGCCACCGCCGCCGCUCUCGCUGCUCUCGCCGCCGCCGCCACCGUCACCGCGUCCGGACUUCGGCUCCCGCGCCUUCCCGGCCGGCCAUGCCGCCCCGACGCGCCCAGGGGCCCGUUGCGCAGGUGCUGCCCUCGCCGGCCCUGCUGCUGCUGCUGCUGUUCGGCGCGGGGCCCCGUGGCAGCCCCCUGGCCAGCCCGGUGCCCGCCGCACCCCUGUCCGCGCCCGGGCCGUGCGCCGCGCAGCCCUGCCUGAACGGGGGCGUGUGCACCCCGCGACCCGAGGCGGACCCGCAGCACCCAGCCCCCGCCUCCGAGCCCGACUACAGCUGCACUUGCCCCGCCGGGAUCUCCGGCGCCAACUGCCAGCUUGUUGCAGAUCCUUGUGCCAGCAACCCUUGUCACCAUGGCAACUGUAGCAGCAGCAGCAGCAGCAGCAGCAGCAGCAGUGAUGGCUACCUCUGCAUUUGCAAUGAAGGCUAUGAAGGUCCCAACUGCGAACAGGCGCUUCCCAGUCUCCCAGCCACUGGCUGGACCGAAUCCACUGCACCCAGACAGCUUCAGCCUGUCCCUGCUACUCAGGAGCCUGACAUAAUCCUGCCCCGCUCGCAGGCAACAGUGACUUUGCCUACCUGGCAGCCGAAAACAGGGCAGAAAGUUGUAGAAAUGAGAUGGGAUCAAGUGGAGGUGAUCCCAGAUGUUGCCUGUGGGAAUGCCAGUUCUAACAGCUCUGCAGGUGGCCGCCUGGUAUCCUUUGAAGUGCCACAGAACACCUCAGUCAAGAUUCGGAAAGAUGCCACUGCUUCACUGAUUUUGCUGUGGAAGGUCACGGCCACGGGAUUCCAACAGUGCUCCCUCAUAGAUGGACGAAGUGUGACCCCGCUUCAGGCAUCAGGGGGACUGGUCCUCCUGGAGGAGAUGCUCGCCUUGGGGAAUAAUCACUUUAUUGGUUUUGUGAAUGAUUCUGUUACUAAGUCUAUUGUGGCUUUGCGCUUAACUCUGGUGGUGAAGGUCAGCACCUGUGUGCCUGGGGAGAGCCACGCAAAUGACUUGGAGUGUUCAGGAAAAGGAAAAUGCACCACGAAGCCGUCAGAGGCAACUUUUUCCUGUACCUGUGAGGAGCAGUACGUGGGCACUUUCUGUGAAGAAUACGAUGCUUGCCAAAGGAAACCUUGCCGGAACAAUGCGAGCUGCAUUGAUGCAAACGAAAAGCAAGAUGGGAGCAAUUUCACUUGUGUUUGCCUUCCUGGUUACACUGGAGAGCUUUGCCAGUCCAAGGUCGAUUACUGCAUCCUAGACCCGUGCAGAAAUGGAGCAACAUGCAUGUCUGGUCUCAGUGGAUUCACAUGCCAGUGUCCCGAAGGAUACUUUGGAUCUGCUUGUGAAGAAAAGGUGGACCCAUGCGCCUCGUCUCCAUGCCAGAACAAUGGCACGUGCUACGUGGAUGGGGUACACUUUACCUGCAGCUGCAGCCCGGGCUUCACAGGGCCAACCUGUGCCCAGCUUAUUGACUUCUGUGCCCUCAGCCCCUGCGCUCAUGGCACAUGCCGCAGCGUGGGCACCAGCUACAAAUGCCUUUGUGAUCCAGGUUACCAUGGCCUCUACUGUGAGGAGGAAUAUAACGAGUGCCUCUCUGCUCCCUGCCUGAACGCAGCCACCUGCAGGGACCUGGUUAAUGGCUAUGAGUGUGUGUGCCUGGCGGAAUACAAAGGAACACACUGUGAGUUGUACAAGGAUCCCUGCGCUAAUGUCAGCUGUCUGAACGGAGCCACCUGUGACAGUGACGGCCUGAAUGGCACGUGCAUCUGUGCACCCGGGUUUACAGGGGAAGAGUGCGACAUUGACAUAAAUGAAUGUGACAGUAACCCCUGCCACCAUGCUGGGAGCUGCCUGGACCAGCCCAAUGGUUAUACUUGCCACUGCCCACAUGGUUGGGUGGGAGCAAACUGUGAGAUCCACCUCCAGUGGAAGUCUGGGCACAUGGCAGAGAGCCUCACAAACAUGCCACGGCACUCCCUCUACAUCAUUAUCGGAGCCCUCUGUGUGGCCUUCAUCCUCAUGCUGAUCAUCCUGAUUGUGGGGAUUUGCCGCAUCAGCCGCAUCGAGUACCAGGGAUCUUCCAGGCCAGCCUACGAGGAGUUCUAUAACUGCCGCAGCAUCGACAGCGAGUUCAGCAAUGCCAUCGCGUCCAUCCGGCACGCCAGGUUUGGAAAGAAAUCUCGGCCUGCGAUGUAUGAUGUGAGCCCCAUCGCCUAUGAAGAUUACAGCCCCGAUGACAAACCCUUGGUCACACUGAUUAAAACAAAAGAUUUGUAAUCAUUUUUUGGAUUAUUUUUCAAAAAGAUGAGAUACUACACUCAUUUAAAUAUUUUUAAGAAAAUAAAAAGCUUAAGAAAUUCACAAUGCUAGCUGUUCAAGAGUUUUCAGUAGAAUAUUUAAGAGCUACUUUUCUGCAGGGUUUAGUUUGAAAAACGUAUUUUAAAAACAAAAUUUGUGAAACCUAUAGACUACGUUUUAAUGUACCUUCAGCUCUCCCAACCGUAUGCUUCUAUUAGUGUGUGCUCUUUUCACAGUAGACACUGUCGCGAGACCCAGAUACUUUUCUGCGGUUGUUACAGAGUAAGUCUAGUCAAGGAGAAGUUUCUGUUUGACGUGUGAGUGCCGCCUUUCUGAGUAGAGUUAGGAAAACCACGUGACGUAGCGUAAGAUGCAUCAUAGAGUAUACCCGUUACUUAAAAAGAAGUCUGAACUGUUUGUUUUGUGAAAAAGAAGCUAGUUAAAUUGAUUAUUCCUAACCCGAAUGAAAUUAGCCUUUGCCUUAUUCUGUGCAUGGGUAAGUACGUAAUUUCUGCACUGUUUUGUUGAACUUUGCGGAAACAUUCUUUCGAGGUUGUUUUUGUCAUUUUCCUAACAGUCGUCGAACUAGGCCUCAAAAACGUGUGUAAUAAAAAGGCCUAGCGAGGCAAAUUCUGAUUGAUUUGAAUCUAUAUUUUUCUUUAAAACGUCAAGGUUUUUAUAUUGUGAGGAAAUGAAAUUCACCUUUGAGUUGUUUGUUGCUAAGAGAUAGUAAACGUAAGAGCGUACUGGUUCCUUCAGUAGUGAGUAUUUCUCAUAGUGCAGCUUUAUCUCUAGGAUGUUUUCGUGGCUGUAUUUGAUUGAUAUGUGCUUCUUCUGAUUCUUGCUAAUUUCAAAGAGUAUUGAAUAAAUGUUAUCAAGUCAAGGA